AUGCGUUUCGGUUAUGCUGUAAAUUUGUUCAAUACAUUGUGUUACAUCUUGACGUUCACCAUGCUCCAACCGAGCUUCUUGCUGCCCUCGCCGUUCGUGUUGUUUCGGGGCUCUCUUCAGAACCGGUUUUCAGCGGUAAGAAUGUAGCUAGUGUUGUAUGAGAUGAGUGGGCUUUAUGUGAAUUGGGAAACUGUAGCAGGAAAUCAGUCCCGUGUUUUUUUUUGUAACAGAAAUGGUUUGAGAUUGAAAUUACGAAUAUAAGACGCAUUUAGGAUAAGAAACUGGCGCUCUAAUCCUCAUAUAAUACACAUUCUUUCUUCAAGAAAUUAGUUCUUAAUUGGCCGAACCUGCUAGGCUAACAAGGGAAGUACCCGAAGUGCGACGCUCAGAUUUUUAUAAAAAUUGGCAUAGAUGGAGAUCAGAAUUUUCUUAUUCGAUUGCGAACAUCCUAGCUCGCGCUUUGCAGAAUCCGCCGAGAAAGAAGGGCCGGAAUAUCGAAAAAAAUCUUCAAAUGCCGACGAAUUUCCCUGCAAAUCCGCUUGAUCUUGGCAUUUCGUCCCAGGAGAAAAAUAUUUUUUUCUCGCAAGAAAUUUUUUCUUGGUAAUGUUCAAGACUAUUUUGUUGCUUUUAUGUGGAAUAUGGUGUUAUUUUCACUUUUUUACACUUGAUUCUAGCGCUAUUAAUUGGAUUGUCGCCAUCCGAGGGGUAAAAUGUUUCGUCCUUUGACGAAUUUAUACAGUUUUUCCUCUGCUGAUGGGCAAACCACUCUAAUAGUUGCUUUAAAGUUGUUUAGGAGACAUGCAAACGUUCUACGGUCGCGUAGGAACGUAAUCAUAAGGUAAGUGUUAAAAACAUUUUAUUUUUUCACUAUUUUUCAGUUUAUGCCAUUUCAGAAAACAAAGUAAAGGUCCCAAGGUGUUCCGUCAGUGUUCCGAUGGUGUACAUUCGCUCUUGUUGUUGUUCAGAAUUUGCUCACUGAAACAUAUUAAAGUUUUUGUAACACUUACUUUAAGAUUAUGUUCAUACACGACCGUAGAACGUUUGCAUGUCUCCUAAACAACUUUAAAGCAACUAUUAGAGUGGUUUGCCCAUCAGCAGAGGAAAAACUGUAUAAAUUCGUCAAAGGACGAAACAUUUUACCCCUCGGAUGGCGACAAUCCAAUUAAUAGCGCUAGAAUCAAGUGUAAAAAAGUGAAAAUAACACCAUAUUCCACAUAAAAGCAACAAAAUAGUCUUGAACAUUACCAAGAAAAAAUUUCUUGCGAGAAAAAAAUAUUUUUCUCCUGGGACGAAAUGCCAAGAUCAAGCGGAUUUGCAGGGAAAUUCGUCGGCAUUUGAAGAUUUUUUUCGAUAUUCCGGCCCUUCUUUCUCGGCGGAUUCUGCAAAGCGCGAGCUAGGAUGUUCGCAAUCGAAUAAGAAAAUUCUGAUCUCCAUCUAUGCCAAUUUUUAUAAAAAUCUGAGCGUCGCACUUCGGGUACUUCCCUUGUAAAUCCAAAAGAGCUUUUCUCGCUGAUCGUUAGCACUGCGCCGUGUACAUUUUUAGCCAAAAAAUUGUUCAUUACUUCGGUGAAAAGACGUUUUUUUUAAAUCUCCUUGAAUUGACAUACGGCCUAUGCGCGACUAGCCCUCAAAUUUAUAGAAAGUAUAGAUUUGAGCUGCGGUUUGUAAGAAAGCCUGAGCAAUUGCAUUUACAGCACAUCAUUAGCCUUUUUACACUACAGUGACGGACCUGAUCCAAUGGCAAAAAACGUACAAUUUUGCAUCCAGAAAGUACCAAAAAUAUGGCAAAAUGCCUCCCUCUCUAACUAAAGAAAACCCUGUUUUGUAGAGCGCGCCCUUUCCCUCACAAAAAGAGGGGCGCGCUUUUGAAAUUAGAAUUUUUUCACUUGGAGAGGGAGGUAUUUAUUUUGCUAAAUUUUUUGAUGCUUCCCGGAUAAAAAAUUGCACGUUUUUUGCACUGAAUCAGGUCGACCACUGCACAUUCCGCUCAAUCAACGUAACUUUUUCUGGUGUUCCAGGUCAGUCUCACAAUCGCAUGGGCCAAUCUGUGUUCCGGGAUUGUGACCACGGUCGUGAUGCGACUUUUGAUGACAAUCCAAAUGCGAAACGUGACGAGGAUAUUGAUCGGAUCGAUGCCUUACGUCUUUCUUCACCUUACUGCCAUAGUACCCGCCUUGACGUACGUCAUUCUCACCACAAAUCCGAUAUCCAGCGAUUUGAAGAGCGAAGAUUUGGUGGUGUUCCAAGGACAAGAAUGGUUGUUGGAUGCUGGAGGGCUUUACUGUGAGUUUUAGAGAAUUUUAAGGGAAAAGAUAAGGCAUUCUUCGGAAGAAAAAUAGGGUUUUCAAAUGUACGCACGAGGUUUUUAACCACUAGAUAUGUGGAUCCUGUCAAAGAAAAAACGAAAUUGUAAGAAUGAGGUCAAAACCUUAAGAUUUGAACUCAAAAAACAUGAAAUAUAACAAUCUAAAAAAGAGAAUUAAGUAGCCGCUAAAAUUUCAGCCUUCCCCGCAACCGAUUACAACCGAAUCUUCUGGAUGCUACAAGCCUUUUCCUUUGCGAUUGUAAUCUUUCUCUUUCUUGUCCUCGCAAUCUUCGAAUUCUGUCGACGCCACAAAAACAGCGCGUUCUACAUCCUCUGCGUGAUCGUGUUCUUCCUCACGCCCUGGACGGUGAUAUCUUGCUCCAUGUACUUCCGAUGGAGGGCUGGCAUGCCGAUUGUGGAGCUGGCUUGGAUGGUGACCUUCAUCUUCCCGUUGAUGGAAGCAAUCGCUAUUAUUCGAUUCAUUAGUUGGCAAUAUUCGUUUUCGUACCUGAGACGGAGAAUCUACACGUUCAGUGGGGCUAACGACAAUAUUAAUGGAAGAAACCGGCCCGGUACAAGUGGUGAUCAAAGACCGGUUAGCCGGGAUACUGUAUGA